CCACUCGUACGGGACCGCGCCGCCGCGUGCACGCGCAGAGUGGGCUGGAGCGCAGCAGCACCAGCGACCAGCAAAACGAGCGUCGUGGCGCGCAUCGUGGCAGCUCUAUUGAUCGAUGCGAUGUCGAUUCGCGAGCUGCGGUGCAAAAAUCGGCAAGGGAGCCAGCCGUAUCAAGUCGAGGCAGUCGAGACAAGCUUAGCGGCAUAAAGACAUUAGCAAGCACGCCAAAAAAGCAACCCGAAGCCCUUUUUUGCGCCCAAGAGUCACAAGCCCAAGUAAUUGAGCAUCGGCACAAGCCCACAAAACACCAGAGCACGCAUCGGGCAGCGAUCGCGGCAGCCCCAUGCGGCGCCUCCUCGCCCUAGCCCUGACGGCCGCGGCGACCCCCGACGAGGGCUACCUCUUCGUCACCAAUCGGGGCGACGAGGCCGUCGCGAGCGCGCGGAGUUUACGCCGCGUCGCGCCGGCCGCCAACAUCACCUUCGUGUCCGACGCCGCGACGCUGCGGGACGUCGGGCCGUCGCUGCAAGUUUUUGAUGUUGUCAUACGAGCAGAAAAGGCCUUCCCGGACCUCGACGUGCACGACUCGCAGGGGUUUAGGUUGCAGAAGCUGCGGGGCGGCCUCGCGUCGCCCUACGAGCGCACGAUCUUCCUCGACAGCGACACCAGGGCCUGCAAGGAUCCUGGGAAAACGCUCUUCCCUUUAUUGAGGAACACGGACGUGGCCUGCGUCUGGGGCGGCCGCGGCAACCACUCCGGCGCGUCGGCCGGUGUUUUGGCGUUCUCCAAGAACGCGCGCUCGAACGCGCUCUGGCGCCACUGGGAGGCCAAAUACCGCACGGUCAUGCAACGGACGCGCCGCGAGCAGCCUUCUUUUCAAGUGGCCGUGCGCAAGGCGAAAGACGAAGGUCUAAGGGUGGCGAAAUUACCGAUGAUCUACAAUUGUCGCAACGUGCGCCACUGUAGAGCAGUGCAACUGAAGGACGGCACCUAUGCAGAUAAAGGUUGCACGGUCAUCCACGCCCACGACUUCGAGAGCGAUUUGCAGGACCACGUUGAACUAUCAACAAAAAAAAGCGACGACGGCGCGUGCCCGCCCCAUUUAUCCGGAGCGCACCGCGCCGUCGGUAUUAUACACCCGCCCGGGGCCUCCAGCAGCGUCAAACGGUUGUACGACGCCUUCAAGCAGCUCAAGAACGACAACGACUUUUCGGUUUGUGGCCGCGCCGACGAGGCGCAGACCAGGGACCUGCCCGCGUGCUUCGAGCAGUCCAAUAAGUACGCGGCGGUCGUCGUCGGCGCGUACAAGGUCCCGGACCUCACGCAAGUGCUGAGCAGUAAAGCUCCAGUUGUCGUCGCCUUUGUCCGACACCCGCGCGAGCGCAUGGCUUCUUUGCAUUUAGCGCUCGUGACGAUGGAGGCCAUCCAGCAGUGCCUCGGGAGCGUGGACUUCAGUGGCAAAGGACCGGGCCACUCUCCCUCGUGCUUCAUGACCGAAGGGCACGAUGUUGAUAAUGCGGACGCGAAGUGGCUCUGUGGUUCUUCCCAAUGCAAUACCGUGGACGAGGCCUGGGCCGUGGCCUCGUCGUCAGUUCUGUUCGUGGCGCCGGCCGACAAACUAGCGCUCGUCGUGGCCGAGUUGGAGAGGAGGCUGCCCGCGCACUUCCUGGGCCUGAAGAAGGCCUACCCCGACCGGAGGAGAGUAUUGAGGAGCGCGACGGAAGACCGCGCGUCGCGGGCGAUGAAGCACCUCAAGCACGUCCACCACCACCAAACGGCGCGCGAGCGGCACAAGGCGCGCACGGCGCACUGGGAGCACGCGGCGCUCGAGGAUGCCUUCGUCGCGUCGAAUCCGAUCGAUCUGGGGGUCUACGACCGGGCCGUCGCGGCGCUGGAGCAGCGCGCGGAGGCCUGCGCGGGGACGCGGCGGGACAACCACUAA